AGAAAUAUGCCACUUGCAAAUCACGGUACCUGUGGAUGAGAGACGUGGACACAAGAGUGAGAUGACCUGGUUUGCCGUCUACCUCCUGAGCCUUCUCUGGGCUGUGGCUGGGACGAGUACCCAGACCCGGAGUUCAUGCUACGUUCCCUCAGCACAGGAGCCGUUGGUCAAUGGCAUACAAGUCCUCAUGGAGAGCUCGGUGACUUCAUCAGCCUACCCAAACCCCAGCAUCCUGAUUGCCAUGAAUCUAGUCGGAGCCUACAGCUUGGAGGCCCAGAAGCUCCUGACUUACCAGCUCAUGUCCAGCAAUGCUGACGAUUUGAGCAUUGGGCAGCUUGGCCUCACCAUCAUGGCCCUCACCUCCUCCUGCCGAGACCCUGGGAAUAAAGUAUCCAUCCUACAAAGACAAAUGGAGAACUGGACACCUUCCAGCCCCAACGCUGAAGCAUCAACCUUCUAUGGGGCCAGUCUAGCGAUCUUGGCACUGUGCCAGAAGAACUCUGAAGCGACCCUACCAAUAGCUGUCCGCUUUGCCAAGACCCUGCUGGCCAAUUCCUCUCCCUUCAAUGUAGACACAGGAGCAAUGGCAACCCUGGCUCUGACAUGCAUGUACAACAAGAUCCCUGUAGGUUCAGAGGAAGGUUACAGAGCCCUGUUUGGUCAGGUGCUAAAGGAUAUUGUGGAGAAUAUCAGCAUGAGGAUCAAAGAUAAUGGCAUCAUUGGAGGCAUCUACAGUACUGGCCUCGCCAUGCAGGCCCUCUCUGUAACACCUGAGCCACCUACAAAGGAAUGGAACUGCAAGAAGACUAUGGAUGUGAUACUCGAUGAGAUUAAACAGGGGAAAUUCCACAACCCCAUGUCCAUUGCUCAAAUCCUCCCUUCCCUGAAAGGCAAGACAUACCUAGAUGUGCCCCAGGUCACUUGUAGCCCCGAUCAUGAGGUGCAACCAACUCUACCCAGCCCUCCUGGCCCUGUCCCCACCUCCACAUCUAACAUCACUGUCAAAUACACCAUAAACAACCAGCUGAGGGGCGUUGAGCUGCUCUUCAAUGAGACCAUCAACGUUAGUGUGAAAAGUGGUUCAGUGUUACUGACUGUCCUAGAAGAAGCACAGCGCAAAAAUCCUAUGUUCAAAUUUGAAACCACAAUGACAUCUUGGGGCCUUGUCGUCUCUUCUAUCAACAAUGUCGCUGAAAAUGUUAAUCACAAGACAUACUGGCAGUUCCUUAGCGGCGUAACACCUUUGGAUGAAGGGGUUGCUGACUACAUACCCUUCAACCACGAGCACAUCACAGCCAAUUUCACACAGUACUAAGGAAGAGGUGGGUUCAGCUUCUACCAAACAUCUCCAAAAGAUGGGUGAAAUUUUUUCCACUUCAUUUCAAAUCUAUGCAAAAAAGUGAAUGCCUGUGAUGCCACCAUAUUCCUGGUAAAAACAUGGAAAACCACUAUGUAAAAUAAAAAUGCAAAGUUCACUGGAGUGUCAACAUCUAUGACUCAUGAAAAUAAAAUUUCCAGCUUCU